AUGCUGGUGCUCACCGGUCGACCAAAAACCUACGACAUGAAUCGUUUGCCCAACAUAUGGUUCCAUGAGGUGACUGUCAAUCCCCCAAUCAUGAGCAGUAAAAUUGAUGCUGGUCAAACUGUGAUCGAAGUGGAAUUCACUCAGUUUGGCCGAAAAGGUGGAGCAUUUGUACAUAAGGAAUUCACCCGGAGGCUCAGUGACUUGUCUACGGCUUUUCACAAACGCUUCAGUGAACGAUUCCCGGUAGACUUGUCCGUGUUCUCAGAACGGCAGGUUAACCUUUCCAAGGUUGCUGUAAGCAAUCUGUUGGGUGGCUUGGGCUAUUUCUACGGGAGCUCGUUGGUUCAGUCCUCGCAUUCCGGUCCGGAACCGGUGAACAAUUGGCCUGCUGGUCUGUUCACAGCCACCCCAUCGCGCUCGAUGUUUCCACGUGGUUUCUUGUGGGAUGAAGGAUUCCACGGUCUGAUACUAGCUCGUUGGGAUCCGGAGUUAGCUAUGGAGACAGUCGGACACUGGUUGGAUUUGAUGAAUGUGAACGGUUGGAUUCCACGUGAGCAGAUCCUCGGCUCGGAAUCUAGAUCGCGUGUGCCCGAGAAGUUCGUCAUUCAACGGGACAGCAUCGCCAAUCCACCCACCCUAGCACUGGUAGUUGAAGCUCUGAUCGAUCUGCUACCAAAAUUCUCCUCCGCUGAGGUGGCUCGAUUCCGUCAGUGGUCUUUGACUGCUCUUCCUCGCUUGCACACAUGGUAUCAAUGGUUCAACCGGACUCAGGCAGGCUCUGUUCCGUUCAGUUACUAUUGGAAAGGGCGAGACCCGCAUGAGAUUCACCAGCUUAAUCCACUCACUCUGAGUUCCGGUCUAGACGACUAUCCCCGUGCUUCGCACCCUUCGAACACGGAGCGCCAUUUGGACUUACGUUGCUGGAUGGCUCUAUUCGCUCGGACUGUGGCUCGAUUAGCCUCACUAGUGGCUCAGUACGCACAGACCGAGACUGGUCAGGGUCAUCUUCAGAAAUUGGAGGAGGCUCGCCUGUUGGCCGCGGACUAUUCCGGUUGGGCCGACUUGCUCAUGGAUAUGAACAAUCUGGAUCAGUUGCAUUGGUCAGAUGCCGCCGGACGAUAUGGAGAUUACGGGUUGCACACGGACACAGUCCGGCUGCAGAUGCCCGCCCAGUCUGCCCUGGAGGAAGGGGCAGAGGAACCCAAAGCAACACGUGUGGUAGACAAGCCACCCAUACCGCAACUGAUCACAACAUCUCCCGGAUACCUUACUCUGUUCCCUUUGCUGUUGCGAAUUAUACCUCCGAACUCCCCUCGCUUAGGUCGUCUAUUGGACGACCUGGCAAGUGAAGAUAUCUGGACGGAACACGGUCUCCGUUCUCUGUCUCGCAGUUCACCAUUCUACCGUAAAUCAAACACCAAAGAAGACUUGCCAUAUUGGCGCGGGGCAAUCUGGAUCAAUAUGAACUAUCUGGCUGUGAAAAGCUUGCGCUACUAUGCUACACAUUCGCGCACGCCCACCGAUGUGGCAUCACGUGCAAACCAAUUGGCUGUGCGGUUAUCACAGAACCUGGUGCGAACUGUUCUCGGCGAGCUGGAACGAACCGGGUACAUGUGGGAACAGUAUGACGACAACACCGGUCGGGGUCAACGGGGGCAUCCGUUUGCUGGCUGGACUGCACUAGUGGCCCUGAUCAUUAGUCCAGAUGCAAGCUAG